AUGUUAACUGAAAAUAACUCCUUAGUGACUGAAUUUGUUCUUGCUGGAUUAACAGAUCUUCCAGAACUCCAGCAACCUCUCUUUUACUUGUUUCUAAUGAUAUAUAUUGUGACCGUGGUGGGAAAUCUUGGUUUGAUCAUUCUUAUUAGACUAAAUUCUCACCUUCACACUCCCAUGUACUAUUUCCUCUCCAAUCUGUCCUUCAUUGAUUUCUGUUACUCUUCUGUUUUUACUCCAAAAAUGCUAAUGAAUUUCAUAUCAAAGAAGAAUAUCAUUUCUUACGCUGGGUGUAUGACUCAACUAUUUUUCUUUGUCUUUUUUGUCAUUUCUGAGUGCUAUAUGUUGACUUCAAUGGCUUAUGAUCGUUAUGUGGCUAUUUGCAAUCCCUUGCUGUAUAAAGUCACCAUGUCACAUCAGCUUUUUUGUGCACUGACACUUUCUGUGUAUGGAAUGGGAUUUGCUGGAGCCAUUGCCCACACAAGCUGUAUGCUUAGAUUAACCUUCUGCGAUGCUAAUGUCAUCAACCAUUACUUAUGUGACAUCCUCCCACUCCUCCAGCUGUCUUGUACGAGCACCUAUGUCAAUGAGGUAGUAGUCAUCAUUGUCGUAUGUUUCAAUGCUACAGUGCCGAGUUUUGCUAUCCUAAUUUCUUAUCUUUUCAUCCUCCUUAACAUUUUAAAAAUUAAGUCCACUCAAGGAAGAUCAAAAGCUUUCAGUACCUGUAGCUCUCACAUUGCUGCUAUUUCUCUCUUUUUUGGGUCAGGAAUAUUUAUGUAUCUUAAAGGUUCUUCUCCCAAGUCUAUAGACCAGGGAAAAGUUUCAUCCAUUUUCUAUACUAAUGUGGUGCCCAUGCUUAACCCUCUGAUAUACAGCUUAAGGAACAAAGAUGUUAAAGUAGCACUGAGAAAAACCUUGAUUAAAAUGUAA